AUGCACGGGCUCUGCCACUGCCUCUGCUUGGCGGCCGCGCUGGCGGGGCUCUCCUGGGCCAGCAGGAACUGCCCGGACCUGAUCGUUGACAGCUGCCUCUGCACCGCGGAGCGCUCCAAGGGGCCCGGCCGCCAAACCGUCCGCAUCAAAGUUGUCUGCAGCGGGGGGGAGUUGGUCGAAACUUUGCAGCCUUCUCUGCUGCCGAGCCGCACGGUGUCUCUAAUUCUGAGUAACAACAAGAUCUUGUGGUUAAAGAAUGGCUCUUUCUUUGGACUGAGAUCCCUGGAGAGACUAGAUCUGAAGAAUAACUUGAUUAGCACUAUUGAGCCUGGAGCCUUCCAUGGACUUUCAGAACUGAAGCGCUUGGAUCUUUCCAAUAAUAGAAUUGGAUGUCUGACCCCAGAAAUAUUUGUGGGCCUUAACAAUCUUCACAAAUUGAAUUUAUCAGGGAAUAUUUUUUCAAGUCUCAUGAAUGGACUUUUUUCUGAGCUAUUAGCUCUGAAAGCCUUACAUUUCAAUGCUGAUUCGCUCAUCUGUGACUGUAAUCUAAAAUGGGUUUUGCAGUGGGCUAGAAAUGCUUCAGUUCGAAUAGCAGAAGAAACAGUUUGUGCUUAUCCCAGUACUUUACGAGGACUGGCAUUUCAUAACCUGAAGGAAAACCAGCUGAUAUGUGCUGGACCUUUGGAACUGCCUCUUUUUGAACUGAUACCAUCACAAAGGCAGGUGGUUUUUCAUGGAGACCGCUUGCCAUUUCAGUGCACUGCAACAUAUGUUGACAACACUACCCAAGUACACUGGUACCAUGAUGGUCAUCUUAUUGAAACUGAUGAAGAGAGUGGCAUAUUUGUGGAGGACAGCAUAAUACACGACUGCUGUUUAAUUACACGUGAGCUUAUCUUGUCCAGCAUUGACACUGGUGCAACUGGAGAUUGGGAGUGUCUGAUCAACAACUCCUAUGGAACCAGUACUAAGCAUGUAGAAAUUGUGGUAUUAGAAACAGCAGCACCCUACUGCCCUGAAGAAAGAAUAAUUAAUAAUAAAGGAGAUUUCAGAUGGCCCAAAACUCUAGCUGGGAUAACUGCUUAUCACCCCUGUCUUCAGUAUUCAUUUAGCUCCAUUUCUCUCCACAAUGGAGCAGAAGAGUCAAUGGCAUGGCGUAAAUGUAACCGGACGGGACGCUGGGCAGAUGAAAACUAUUCUGAAUGUCCGUAUUCACAAGAAGUAACUCAAGUCCUUCAUGCCUUUAGUCAGAUGCACGUCAACGCCACCAAUGCUCUUGAAUUUUCCCGCCAACUUACAGCCUACACAAGAGGUGCUUCCAACUUUGCAGAUAAGAUGGAUAUUAUAUAUUUGGCUUACAUAAUGGAAAAGUUAAUAGUCAUCGCGGAUGAAGUCAAAGAUCUUGGAGAUGCUAUAGUUGAAAUUGCCAGCAACAUAAUGUUGGUAGAUGACCAUGUGUUGUGGAUGGCCCAGAAUGAAAACAAAGCCUGUACCAGGAUUGUACAAUGUGUGGCGCACAUUACGAAUCAGACGCUGACCAGCCAUACUCAGGUUAUAUCAAAGAUUUCCCUUAAUAUUGCUCUGGAGGCCUUUGUGAUCAAGCCAUCUAGCUUCAUAGGAAUGACUUGCACUGCCUUCCAGAAAAUAUCUGAAAAUUCAGACAGGUCACUGAUCCAUGAUGUGGGGAGCUGGGAAGCAGAUUAUCAUCCAGACCAACAUUUGAAUUUUAAGUGCAACGAUGGCAGUCUCAGUGGUUCUUUCAUGAAUUUUUCUACCAAAAAUGCUGUAGCAGUAGCUUCAGUUCAUUUGCCACAGUCUGUCUUCUCUCAGUCUUCAGCCUUGCAAUCUGUUGAUAACUCCACUUGCAAGCUACAGUUUAUUGUCUUUCGGAAUGGAAAACUCUUUCCUAGCACGGGAAACUCAUCAAAUCUUGCAGAUGACGGUAAACGUAGGACGGUUACCACACCAGCUGUCUUUGCUAAAAUAGAUGGAUGCAGUUUCAGAAACCUCACCACCCCUCUUAUUAUAGGUUUGAGGCACUUUGCAAAGGGUAUAGACCCCAUUGCAGCCUUUUGGGAUUUUGACCUUCUAGAUGGACAUGGAGGCUGGUGUGGAGAAGGGUGCCACAUAAUUAGCUCUGCAGGCAAUAUUACCACCAUUCAGAGUACACACUUCAGUAACUUUGCAGUGCUAAUGGAUUUGAAGACAGUGCUCUCCUUUCCCCAGUACCCAGGGGAGUUCCUGCACCCUGUGGUAUAUGCAUGUACUGCAGUCAUGUUAUUGUGCCUGUUUGCGUCCAUUAUCACUUACAUUGUGCAUCACAGCACAAUCCGAAUCAGUAGAAAAGGAUGGCACAUGCUUCUCAACUUCUGUUUCCAUACUGCUCUUACUUUUGCUGUCUUUGCUGGUGGAAUCAAUCGCAUAAAAUACCCAAUUAUAUGUCAAGCUGUUGGCAUAGUAUUGCAUUAUUCCACCCUCUCCACUAUGCUAUGGAUCGGAGUAACUGCAAGGAAUAUUUAUAAGCAAGUCACAAAAAAAGCUCAGCCAUGCCAAAAUAGUGACCAACCUUCUUAUCCAAAACAGCCAUUGCUCAGAUUUUAUCUAAUUAGUGGAGGUGUUCCUUUUAUUAUAUGUGGGAUUACAGCAGCGACCAACAUCAAUAAUUAUGGAAUUGAAGGCAAUGCCCCAUAUUGUUGGAUGGCUUGGGAACCUAGCCUCGGUGCAUUUUAUGGGCCAGUAGCAUUCAUUGUGCUAGUCACCUGCGUUUACUUUCUCUGCACAUACGUGCAAUUGAAGCGUCAUCCAGAACGCAAGUAUGAAUUAAAAGAAAGGACAGAAGAUCAGCAGAGGUUGGCAAAUACUGAAGUGGGCCAUAGUCAUAUUACAGACUCUGGGUCAGUUUCCCAGACAACAUGCUCCAUGAUUUCUUCUUCUUUGUUGGAAAACGAGCACUCGUUUAAGGCUCAACUUCGAGCUGCGGCGUUCACUUUGUUCUUGUUUACUGCCACUUGGACCUUUGGAGCACUUGCUGUAUCUCAAGGACAUUUCUUGGAUAUGAUAUUUAGCUGCCUCUAUGGAGCAUUUUGUGUGACCUUGGGGCUUUUCAUCCUCAUCCAUCACUGUGCAAAGCGAGAUGAUGUAUGGCAUUGCUGGUGGUCCUGUUGCCCAUCUAGAAGAAGCACAUAUUCUGUACAAGUUAAUGUCCGCCCAAAGGUUAAUGUCAAUGGGGACACGCAGGUUCAUGCACCUUGUCUUCAAGAGUCACCAUGUCCUAACAAAUCAGCUGUUUUUAAUCAUCCAUCUGCUAAUCACUGCAAGCUUACUAAUCUACAGGCUGUUCAAAACCAUGUUAACUGCCUUUCACCAGUUACACCAUGUUGUGCAAAAAUGCACUGUGAUCAACUUUUGGAUGAUGAAGCUCAUAUACAUGUGCAUAACGAGGGAACUUUCAGGCCCAACAUGCACAUUCACAGAUGUCUGAAAAGCAGAACUAAACCACGUUACUUCAGUCGACAUAGAUCUGCAGGAGAAAGAGAAUAUGCCUAUCACAUUCCUUCGAGCAUUGAUGGCAGCAUCCACAGUUCACAUACAGACAGUCCACACAGUACGCAUGAUAGUCAGUCAGGGCACAGACGGGCUUGCUGUGCGAAAAGUGAUGCAUAUCCUACUAUCAACCAGCCUGAAAGUAGCGAUGCAAGUACUGUAAUAUACAGUUGUGCUAAAAUCCCAGAAAGUGACACUGUGCACCAUACAGCUCAUUUUGAGAUGCAUCCACGAACACAAUCAUUGCCAUUUAAUACAACUAAUCACAAUGGAAUUCUCGGGGGAAAUGUGCAUGAAGCCAUGAUAUACAGUUCAGAUAGUACAGGAAAUAUCAAAACUGGUCCUUGGAAGAAUGAAACUACUGUGUAG